AUGGAAGAUGGUUUUCAAGGUUCUCACCGUUGCUUCAAUGAAUGGAUGAACCUCCAAGAGCAAGACCUCUCGGAGCUCCUCCAGUCGCUUAGCCUCAAUGAUGCUGAUGGAGAUGAUCACACUGCGGACCUGCGCGAACUUGUUGACAAAAAUAUUAGGCACUUCCAAGAAUACGCUAGCCAGCGAGCCAGGCUGGCUAGGAACCAUGUCUCCCCCUUCUUCUCGCCUACCUGGUGCACUUCACUUGAGGGCUCCAUGUUGUGGGCUGGAGGCUGCAGACCGUCGAUAUUUGUAAGGCUUGUUUAUGUUCUUUCUGGGAAGGAACUGGCAUCCCAUUUGGACGAAUAUCUUCAUGGUGGUAGAAGUGGUGGGCUUGGUGAGCUCUCAGCGAGUCAAAUCAACUCAAUUAACAGUUUGCAGCUCAGGACAAUCCAGCAGGAAGAUAAGCUAUCUGCAAACUUGGCCAGUAUACAAGAGGAGAUGGCGGAUCAGCCUAUUUUCAUCAUUGCCAAGGAACUGGCAGCAUGCAGCCAGACCAGCACCGAAGCGGAUGAGGCACUGAAUGCCCUUACCGCCUCCUUGAUCGGUGUGUUGGGAGAGGCUGAUAGUCUGCGGUUAAAUACGCUGAAGGAGCUGACGAGUAUACUGACCCCAGUUCAGUCUGUGGAUUUCAUAGCCACGGCAAGAAAGCUUCAUCUUUGCGUCCAUGCAUGGGGCAGGAGGAGGGAUCGUGAGCAUGGGAGGCACUGA